GAAGGCCAGCUAAGGAUGGUGGCGAUCGGGUCUGGAUCCGCGACUGGCAGUUCACGGCUGGUAGUCAGCUCACAGUCAGUCAGUCAUUCAGUCAGUCGGUUGUAGUCGACUCGGUAGUGCACGAGAUUGCUCCGUCCUACGGAGCCGCGACAUGUUCCUUUCCCGUCUCAUUUCGCACGAGUUUCACCCGUAUUAUUAUUUAAUCUGUCGUCGACACAGUUUCGUCGCGUCCCGUCCAGCAGCGUUGCUACCAUUCGGAUCCUCUUAUCUCUUCUUCGUGGACUUGUAACCUCAGUUCCACGCAAAGUGAGACCGUCGAUCGAUGAAAGUGCAAGUGCUUGUAAGGUCAGUGUGUGCGUAAAGGACCUUCUCCUUUCCUCCGACACGGGAACCAGUGAUAAAGUGAGAGGAGGGCGCGACCUUGAGGAGGAUCUCGAAGAGGACCUCCGCGAAGAGGUGACAGUCUCCAGAGACGUCGCGACGGAAACGCACGGAUGGUUAACGACGUAAUGAGCGAGUACGAACGAAUCAAGCGUUCGUGCUUGAAACGAGGAGAACUUUGGGAGGAUCCAGAAUUUCCGGCGACCCAGACCUCGGUUUUCUAUCAUCAGACACCUCCGUUUCAAUUUCAAUGGAAAAGACCGAAGGAACUAUGCAAUCGUCCAAUAUUCGUGAGCGACACACCGGCCCAAUUCGACGUGAUACCCGGGAAAAUGGGUGACAAAUGGUUGGUCUCCUGUCUGGGCGUUCUCCACCUGAGCAAAGGAUUAUUCUACAGAGUGGUACCAGCUGACCAGGGUUUCGGAAACACUGGCGAACCACCUGGAUCACCGACCGCAGAAUACGCAGGGGUGUUCAGAUUCCGGUUGUGGUGGUGCGGCGCAUGGGUCGAAGUUCUCGUCGACGACAGGUUACCAACGAUUCACGGACGGCUGGCUUUUGUGCAGAGUCGUCACAGUGAUCAAUUCUGGCCGGCUCUUCUGGAGAAAGCGUACGCUAAGCUUCACGGUUCGUACGAAGCUUUGAAGUACGGCACUCUGUUGGAUGGUUUGUCCGACCUGACGGGAGGAAUCACAGAAAGUAUCGCGAUUCGUCAGGAUCCUACGGCUUGCGGAAGAGUACUCGCGAAAUUGCUGGACAUGACCUCCCUUAUCACUUGUACAGUAAAUAAUAAUCAACAGCAAAUUCGUGCCAGUACAGAGAAACUCGCCAAUGGUAUCCAGAUGGGCAUCAACUACAGGCUAUACGCCAUCGAGAGGGUAGAAACGUUCAACGGCGAAGCGGUGCAGUUGGUGAAGUUAAGAAAUCCUCUUGGACCUGGCAGAGAAUACGUCGGGGCUUGGGCAAGAGGUGGUCUCGAAUGGGACGAAGUACCACCGAUGGAAAGGGAACGUUUAGCGGUCAGAAACAUGGCCGAAGGAGAAUUUUGGAUAUCUUAUUCGGAUUUCGUGAAAACGUUCACUCAUCUAGAAGUCGUACAUCUUGAUGCCGAAACGUCCAGAGAUGAACCAUCGUUGCAUAGUAAACAUACCUGGCAAAUGAAACUCUAUCAAGGUAGCUGGAGGAGGGGCGUGACGGCGGGAGGAUGUCGAAACAAUGAAGAAACUUUCCAUAUUAAUCCGCAAUUACAUCUGAUACUGAGCGAGAUGGAAGAAGUGAUCGUCUCUUUGUAUCAACAUUCCAUCAUGGAGAUCAAAGUGAUUGGUUUCACCGCGUACACGUUGCCGAAGAACAACGCCGAAUCGAUAAACAAACAAUUUUUCAAAAAGAACAAGUCUCUCAUGAACUCGCAGUACACGAACAGCCGUCAGGUGAGCCACAGGUGUCAAUUAGAUCAGGGUGGUUAUUUAUUAGUACCAACCACGUUCGAGCCUACUCAAGAAACGAGUUUCACAUUGAGAGUCUACAGCAGUAAACCUUUAAAACUUAAACUUCUUGAUACCCCACCCUCCUUAGUAAAAUCAGCCAUUAUCAAAGCACCACCCCUCGAAGGCAAAGGUUUCUCGCAGUACGAAGCUGUUUUUCUACAACUGGCUGAUGAACAUAGAACGGUGAACGCGUUUGAAUUGCAAGAACUCCUCGAAGCUUGUUUGCCAAACGAUUACAUAAAGAGCUGCGCUUGUAUGGAAGUAUGUCGACAGGUGGUUCUCACGAUGGAUAGUUCAGGUAGCGGACGAUUGAAAUUCAACGAUUUCAAGGAUCUCAUGUGUAGUUUAAAGUAUUGGCAAGCGGCUUUUAAGAAUCAUACUAAAGAAAAGACUGGUAUACUUAAAGCGGAACGAUUACGAGAUGCAUUGCUAGAAGUUGGAUUCCAAUUAAACACAGACGUACUCUCAAUCUUAAUUCUUCGAUACAUGAGGAAGGAUGGAACUCUCAGAUUUGGCGAUUUUGUCUCGGCAAUAUUGCAUCUGAGUGAUGCAUUUGGUAUAUUUGAGAGUAAAGAUCCUUUGCAAAAUGGAACCAUAAAAUUAAGUUUAACCGAGUGGCUUAGAUCGUCUCUGAUGUGCUGAAUCCAUUAUUCAAUGGAAUGUUGUGUGUACCUUGAAAUUAUUGUAAAUAAUGUUUUUUACUUCGUAUAUAGAUUUAAGUUUUAGCCAUAUUAAAAAUUAAUGAUCGAAUUCAUUUUUUUCUGUUUGUAAAAUAAUAUCAUUAUCUCUUCCAUUAGUGAUCAUCAUUCCUUCGUCUGAUUACACAUUAUCAAUGACUAUGUAUAAUAUGCUGUUUGUAUAAGAAAUUCAUACUGGUUAAUAAAGCUAAGCUUAUUUUGUACAGUCCCUUUA